AUGGACGAUGACGAAUGCACUGAAUGGAAUGAAAUAUCGGAAGGAGUGGCUCUGGACGGCAAUCACGAGAGCCACCGAUUUAAAUCAGGUUGUGAUUCCCGAGACGAAUCCGAGGCCUUCCUCCGCGACGUCCUGCGCCACUGCGCCGUUCUCUUCCACACAGUGCAGCUGGACAAGGAGAACAAGGAGGAAGACAAAUACGACUACUUCGAGGUGUUCUUCGACCACGACGACGCGCCACCUCUUGGCCUCAGGAUCCGGUGGGAGCUUCCACCGCAGCUGACAGAGGUGCUGCCCAACACCCCUGCAGCGCGCGCCGGUGAGGAACUCCGCCCCGGCGACCAGCUCGUUGAGGUUAAUGGAGGGGAUGUCACUGAGCUGGAGCAAGGUGACAUUGCCCCGAUGUUCGAAGCGCGACCUCUCAAGCUGCUCUUCCGGCGGAAGCCGGAGCCAGUCGAGGAAGUCCUCGACGAGGGCAGCAUGAAGAUUGUGGGGAACAUCCGUGUGGAAGAGGUGUCCAAGGUUUCGGCCUAUGGCGAUUCUGCGCAAUAUCUGGAGUGCUUCAACCUUGCAGUGCUCGUGGUGCACAACUUGGCAGUGCAGGCCAGCAACCUGGAACUCCUCCACAGCGAGCCGCGCAUUCUCAUGGUUCUCUUGGAGGUCAUGCCGGCCGAUGCCACGUCGCCUUCGCUGCGGCGGCUGAUCUUCUCGACCUUGACCUGUCUCUGUCAGGAGCGGGCCGUGUCAGGUCGCAUCUUUCAUGCCAUGGCCAACUACUUCCAGAACUGCCAGAAGACGGAUGCCUCGCUCCACAAGUACAUCAUGUGUUAUGCAUUUCCGGGCCUGUGUAAAUGUCAAAUGUGCACUGGAACCUUCGACAUUGUAGGAGGCUGUGCCAACCUCUACUACACGAGCAUGAGUCGAGAGGAGGUGAAGCCUGAUCGUGGAAUGCUCAUGUUCGUCAGCCGCAUCUCCGCGGAAGAGGCCUACACCCCGGACAUCCAGAUCCGGGCCUUCGAGUCCAUGUACUUCUGCACCAUGGGCGCCUGCGCGCCCGAACUCUGGUCCGAUCUGGAGAUCCUUCCCCGCAUGGUUCGCGCAGCCGGCUAUGCGCAGAGUAUGGCAGAUGAAAGCCCCAGCGAGCCUCUCCUUCGCCAGCAUGCAGACGCGCUGUGGGAGAUUUCUUUGCGGACCCUCCACCACUGUCUGAGAUAUGAGCUGCUGGUCCAUCAGAUGAGGAUUCCAGACCUCGACCGAUACCUCAUGGAGCUCCUGGUGGAUGGGAGGAAGCCUCCUGAGCUUUCCAAGGUGGCCGCUGACCUCAUCGCGGGGCUCUUGCAGUCCUCAAUCUCCUCUAAUUUGUGGACCCGCUGGCGCGGGCUCGGCGUGGGCGAACGCUUGGUGGGGUGGUUCAAGGUGCACAGGAAGAAGCUGCUGGACCCCGACCUCGGUGUGCACGCCGGCACGCAGCCGGCGGAUUCCUUGGACGCCAUGCCGCUUCGACGGAGUUUUUACGACUCUGACAGACAGCACCGGCCAACCGCCGACGAGGUCGCCAAGGCCGACGCCUCCUUCAGGAUCAUUGCCCAGCUACUCACCGCCCUUGUGGCCAACGAGCACGGCCUCUCUGUUCCUGUGAUGCUCGUGCUCUGCGCGAUGAGCUCGAACAAGGCCAGCUCGCAGGUGUUGAUGACCAGUGAGAAGUUCGUGCGCGUGCUCCGCCGCAUGGAGAAGAAGUUGGCUACAUUGGGAGAGGCUCCCCCCGUCAAGGAUGAAGUGGAGUACCUCGUGUGCAUCCUGGACCGAAGCUGCUGCCACGCCGACCUGGCCAAGAUCGCCCAGGACGCCAUGUAA